CGCCGGAUCGAUUUCAGGUAGUGAACAUAGGUAGUGAAUCAAAACAAAGAACUUGCAAUCUGUCAAAAUGUCGGUCAACGCUCAAGUACAUUUGACCAAAAAUGAAAACAUUAAAAUAAACGAUAAAACUCUUAAACCCCUAUUUUCCAAGCAAGCGGAGUGUUCAUAUGUGUCUUGUUAUUGCGAAGAAAAUGUAUGGAAAUUGUGUCAGGAUGUGUCGCUAAGAAUACCGGAAGAGUUGGAUCGGUGCUUCGUGGUAUUUAUAUCUAACCCUUGCCGCACGGUGCCUCUCUGGAAACAAAGGGCUGGGCGCGAGGAAGAUCGUCUCGUCAUAUGGGACUAUCAUGUGAUAUUCUUGUACUCUUGGGACUGCAAGACUUGCCUAGUCUACGAUCUGGACUCUGAGUUGCCUUUUCCAACAUUCUUCCAUAAAUAUGUCACUGAGACAUUUCGUACAGAUCAGGUGUUAAAAUCAGAUUUUCACAGAUUCUUUCGUGUUGUGCCUGCAAAACAAUUCUUGCAACAUUUUGCAUCUGAUCGUCGUCACAUGAAGAGACCUGAUGGAUCAUGGAUUAAGCCCCCACCUCCAUAUCCAGCCAUCUGCACCUCAGUGGCAACGAACAACCUAGAUGAGUACAUCAACAUGGAUAUUGGAUCAGGAUUGGGCCAAGUUUUGAGUCUGACAGAAUUUGUGCAACGGUUUUAUAAGAUAGAGAAGUAGUACUAACGAGAACCAGUUGUGGUGCAUGCCUGCCUGAGAAAAACUGUAGUUAAAUGCAAAAUUUUAUCAUAUACAUUUUGAAUGUAACUAUGAAGGCUGUAAGAAAAAAUACAACUCAGGCAGACAACACCAUUAGAUAGUCAAAUGGCGCAUUUGUUAAUUUAAAAUUUUCCAUGGCAGAGAUCAUGGUUUUAGUUGAUUAUGUUUUAGUAAUCUUUGUUAAUUAUUUUGUUGUUCCUGUGAUUAUUUAAUUAUUUAUUACUUUAAAAUGUAUUAGUACCUAAAGUCAAUCUAUAGCUUAUAAAUAAACAGAGCACAGUGAAUUUCAAUUUUGCCCACCUAUUACACAAAGAAGUGUCUUGCACAAGAAAACUAUGAAUAACCACUCAUUUUAAAGCCACUUAAGUUAUUGGUCAAAUUUCUAUGUACUAUGUUAGUUUAUCUUUCUUUAAACCUUUUAUUCAUAUCUUCAUCUUUAUCUUUGAUCUUAUGUUCAUAAUAUUUUUUAGUUCAAUCAAUAUAAAAUUAGUGUGUAACAUACAUAGGAUUGUUGACCAAUGAAUAAUUCUCUAAUUAUUGAAUAGUAAAAUAUGUAUUCAACAUUGAAUUAUUACAUAAAUGUUAUCAAAUAUUUCUAUUCCUUCGAAGAUAAGCUGAUGCCUGUAUUUAGAUAGAACAAUUCUAAAAUUACUUAGUAGUUUUAAAGAGAUGCUAGUGCUUUACAUCUCAAUUUUAUAAAAGCAUGUAAGUUAGGUAUAGGGAACUUGUGCUAACAUUGGUCGACCCUCCAAAUUUUAACCACCUAUAUACUCCACAGUAAUUUUGACGGCUGAUAUUAGAAAGGUGACUAAAGUUAGGACAUGUUAGCCUACAAUAUAUAUCAAUUCAUAUACAUAUAUGUCUGUAAAGUUAAUUGUUUUUCUGUUUCGUUGAUAUGAAGAGUAUAUUUUAUCUCUACCUCUUGUUCUCGUUUUGACUGAAUAAGUAAUCCUUAUUUACGGAUUGUACGUUACCUUGAGUGAUAAAAUAAAGUUUAAGUAAUUUAUUAUAUGUAGUAGCGUUAACGGUCACGAAGUAGCUUUUGUAUGUUGUUAAAUCUAUUGAAUAAUUUUUGUAUUAACUUUUAUACACUCUUUUUAUCCUGCCCUAGCACCCUUAGCAGUUAAUAAGAGACAAAUCUCAAAUAUUACAUACUUAGUGUAAGUUGAAAGUGAAACUGCUUAUUGUUGAAAAUAUUUGCGUAAGUGCAUUGGAUAAGUGUUUCUGUUAUGUUAUAUAAAUUUGUCUAUUUUAUGAACACAUGUUAAAGCUUCGUGCGUCAUGUCAUUGAAAUCAGACAUUGUAAUUUGUCCCCCUUGCACGUCGCAUGUGAUUGUAUUCCCUUGCUCAUAAACUUUCGUCCUUUUACCCAAAUA